CCAAACCCCGCGUGCGGUCCCUCAUUUCCCCGCUUUCUCUCUCCCGCAGCCACCAGGGAAUCCGCCUUCGUCCACGCCAUCGCCUCGGCCGGAGUGGCCUUCGCCGUCACCAGGUCCUGCGCCGAGGGCUCCGCCACCAUCUGCGGCUGCGACACCCGCCACAAGGGCUCCCCCGGGGAAGGCUGGAAGUGGGGGGGCUGCAGCGAGGACGUGGAGUUCGGGAGCAUGGUGUCCCGGGAGUUCGCGGACGCGCGGGAGAACAGGCCCGACGCCCGCUCGGCCAUGAACCGGCACAACAACGAGGCCGGCAGGACCUCCAUCAUUGAGCUCAUGCACCUCAAGUGCAAGUGCCACGGCCUCUCGGGCAGCUGCGAAGUGAAGACCUGCUGGUGGUCCCAGCCAGACUUCAGGGUGAUCGGGGACUACCUCAAGGACAAGUACGACAGCGCCUCGGAGAUGGUGGUGGAGAAACACCGCGAGUCCCGCGGCUGGGUCGAGACCCUGCGGCCCAAGUACAACUUCUUCAAGGCUCCCACCGAGAAGGACCUGGUGUACUACGAGAACUCCCCGAACUUUUGCGAGCCCAACCCCGAGACGGGCUCCUUCGGCACCCGGGACAGGAUCUGCAACGUCACCUCGCACGGCAUCGACGGCUGCGACCUGCUGUGCUGCGGCCGCGGCCACAACACGAGGACUGAGAAGCGCAAGGAGAAGUGCCACUGCAUCUUCCACUGGUGCUGCUACGUGCGGUGCCAGGAGUGCAUACGAGUCUACGACGUCCACACGUGCAAAUAAAGAGCAGGGGGGAGGAA